AUGACCGGCUGCUUCCUGUGGCAGUACUACCUUCCCAAGCUGAAGACCGGGUCCUUGGGACCAGAGGCGCCCUCUGCCCCUGUGAGGAUGUGCCCCCAGCACCCUGAGCCUGUGCCCCUGGCACACCCUCUCCCCGUGUUGAAGGAGGCCCUGGAAAAGGUGGAGAGGAUCCUGCGCCAGGCACUGUCUGCCCCAGGGCUGGCGGCCAUGUCUGCAGUUGUCAUCCACAAUGACGCCGUGCUCUGGACUGGGAACUUCGGGAAGAAGAAUGGCUCCGACCCAGCUUCCGGCCCCCCCAAUGAGUACACCAUGUAUCGGAUCUCCAGUGUCUCCAAGAUCUUUCCAGUCCUCAUGCUGUACCGUCUGUGGGAGGAGGGCACCGUAGCCUCCCUGGAUGACCCUCUGGAGCGCUAUGCCAGCUCCUUCACCAUUAACAACCCGCUGGGCAUGGCAUCAGCCCCCACCCAACAGAGCCUGAUGGAUGGGCUGGAGGAGGCGGGCCCAGCCCCCAGGCCUUCGCCUGUCACCCUCCGAAGGAUGGCCAGCCAGCUCUCAGGGCUGCCCCGAAGGCUGCGAUCCACUUCGCUGCUGUGGAGGGGCAGCACCCAGGAGGCCCUGAGCCUGCUCAAGGAUGAUGUGCUGGUGGUGGACCCGGGAACCAGGUGCCAUUACAGCACUCUGGCCUUCUCGCUCCUGGCGCACGUCCUAGCGGCCCACACGGCUCAGGGGGACUACCAGCGCUGGCUCUCCGAGCACGUGCUGGAGCCGCUGGGGAUGGCAGACACGGGCUUCGACCUCACCCCUCCGGUGCGCGCCCGCCUGGCGGCCGGCUUCUACGGCAGCGGCCGGCCGGCGCCGCUCUACGACCUGGGCUGGUACCGGCCGUCGGGCCAGAUGUACUCCACGGCCGCCGACCUGGCCAAGCUGGCCGCGGCGCUCCUGGGCGGCGGGCCCCGGCGGCUCCUGCGGCCCGACACGGCCAGGACGCUGCUGGCGCCGCUGCUGGCCUGCCCCGGCGGCGCCUACUUCGCCCGCGAGACGGGCACCCCGUGGGAGUUCCACGCGCAGCGGGGCUACCGCGUGGCGCGCAAGGACGGCGACCUGGACGGCUACGCCGCCACCUUCUCCCUGGUGCCGCCGCUGCGGCUGGGCCUCGUGCUGCUGCUGGCGGGGCCGCGGCCCCCGGGGCCCGACCUGGUGGCGCGCGCCUACGACGCGCUGCUGCCGGCCCUGGAGCGCGCCCUGCGGGAGGCCGAGCGCCGCCCCGCCCCGCCCCCGAGCGCGCGCCCGUUCGCCGGCUUCUUCACCUUCGCCAACCGCACCUUCUACGAGGUGCGCGCGGCCGGGCCGGCGGGCGAGCUGCGCCUGCGCCAGUUCGGGCGGCGCGCGGAGGCGCUGGUGCCGCCCGCCUUCCGGACGCUGGCGCUGCGCCACGUGCGCGGCCUCGUCUUCCAGCUGCACGUGGCGCGCGAGUUCCCGUGCGCGCUGCCGCUCGGCGACGGCGCCCGGCUCUCGCUCGAGGCCCAGCACGGGCAGCUCGUCCGCUUCUACCCGCUGGACCGCCACGGGCUGUCCCCGGGCUUCGACGUCCCCGGGCUGAACACGUACCGGGUGCUGCGGCUGCUGCGCGAGCCGGUCCUCCAGACCCAGUGA